AUGGCGGACGACGAUUAUAACGAAAUGGAUAUGGGGUAUGAGGAUGAGCCAGUGGAGCCAGAGAUUGAAGAAGGUGCAGAGGAGGAAGAUGUAGAGAACGCAAAUAAUGAUGAUCUUCCAGGAGAAGCCGUUGAAGCUGAUGACAAAGAAGAACAAGCACCCGUGGAACGGCCUCGGAGAACAUCCAAAUUUAUGACCAAAUAUGAACGGGCCAGAAUCUUGGGUACCCGUGCUGUGCAGAUCAGCAUGAAUGCGCCUGUGAUGGUUGAGUUGCAGGGUGAGACUGAUCCACUUGAGAUUGCUAUGAAGGAGCUUCGUGAGCGGAAGGUACCCUUCACCAUACGCCGGUAUCUGCCUGAUGGAAGUUAUGAAGAUUGGGGAGUAGAUGAGUUGAUUGUGGAAGACUCGUGGAAGAGGCAGGUGGGAGGCAAUUGA